AUGGCAUCAGCAGUUCCAGAACAUUGUCCUGGAGUUGAAAGCGAAAAUGCUGGUAAAGCUUCAGCUUGCGCUGGUUGUCCUAAUCAAAAUAUUUGUGCCAGCUCUGAUCCAAAGAAGCCAGAUCCAGGUAUUGAUUUAGUAAAGGAAAGAUUGUCAGAUGUAGAUAACAAAAUUUUAAUUCUUUCUGGUAAGGGUGGAGUGGGCAAAAGCACAGUUACAGCUAUAUUAAGUAGAACAAUAGCAAGUACUCAUAGUGAGAAGAAUGUAGCUGUGUUGGACAUUGAUAUUUGUGGUCCCUCUCAACCAAGAGUAUUAGGGGUCCAAGAUGAGAGUGUGCAUCAGUCAGGAUCUGGAUGGUCUCCUAUAUAUGUUGAAGACAAUUUGUCAGUAAUGUCAAUAGGGUUUUUAUUGGGAUCUCCUGAUGAUGCUGUUAUUUGGAGGGGACCAAAGAAAAAUGGAAUGAUUAGGCAAUUCCUUAGUGAAGUUGAUUGGGGAAAUUUGGACUAUCUCCUUAUAGAUACACCACCUGGUACAUCUGAUGAACAUCUAUCUGCAGUAACAUAUCUCUCAAAAGCCAAUUUGACAGGAGCAGUUAUUGUUACAACUCCUCAGGAAGUGGCUUUGUUAGAUGUUAGAAAAGAAAUUGAUUUUUGCUUCAAAGUCAAAAUAAAAAUUAUAGGAGUAAUAGAGAACAUGGCAAAAUUUGUAUGUCCAAAAUGUGAGAAGUCUUCAGAUAUCUUCCCAGCAUCAACAGGAGGAGCAAGGAAAAUGUGUGAAGAUUUAGGUGUUCCAUUUCUGGGAAGCUUGCCACUAGAUCCUAGAAUUGCCAGAUGUUGUGAUGAAGGAAAAGAUUUUGCCACACAUUUAGCUAAUUCACCAGCGUUAAAAGCUUCUAAUGAAAUAGUCAAAAGAAUCAUGGAUAUAUGUGAGUUAAAGGUCUUGGACAAAGAGUAA